CCUCCACCCCACCCCACGCCACCCCCGGGACUCUGCCACCACACCGCGGGCUCCGGGAGAGGAACGGAGCAGCUCGCGCGUGACCGGCCCUGGAGACGCGCUCUCGCCCUUGCUGAGGCUCACGGGAGACGUAGUCCGCGCGGAGGUGGGGGGCCGUGCCUGUGGGGCCGCUGCAGGAUUGGCCGGAGCGGUAGGGUAACGCGCAAGGCGGGGCGUCCUGUGAGUGGCGGUGGGUGCGCGGGGUCGCGUCCCUUCCCGGAAGUGCCCCGAGCCCCUGGGACGCCCGGAGGCGUCAGAGGCGAGCGCACUGCCGACUGGGCCGGCGCAGCUUCUCACGCUCCCCCACCCCAGCUCCAAGAGCGCCCCCCACCCCCAGCCUUGGAACCCAAAACACCGGGCCCCUUCCUCCCGAAAGACCCUUGCCUUUGCUGUGUCAGAGACUGACAACCCCCAACUCUAAGGUUCCGGACAGGACAGGUGGCCCAGGAGAACCGGUUUCAACCCAGAACCUCUUAAGCACUGGGACACGGGUUCCAGUUUCUGACUCCACCCAAUCCACGGCUGUUUGGUCUGGCUUUUGCUUGGGAGUUUCAUGGGCGUAGACUCAGGCAGUGGGAGGCAUCCACAGUUAAUGCUUUUUUGUCACUGAGCAGUGUCACCAAGCUCAUAUAGGUUCCUGCGAGUGCACCCAGGCUUUCAGCUCUAUCCCGGGUGAUGUACCGGGACCCCAGAGCCAGCUGUCAGAUAGCACAACACGAUCUGCCUUCUGACUGAAGCCUCCAGGGCUCCGGGUCACCGUGAAUGAUGGCGCUACCUGUGCCCUCCUGAUCCUUUGUCUGCUGGGGGAGCCACAGGAGUCCUCUGCCGUACCCAAACGUUCCAGCCAGCCAUUUGCAGUUUCCUAGAAGGUCACUGGACACCUUCCACCCAGGCACUUAUCAUCAAGGAAUCUUCCAGGUCCGUCUUGACGGCUCCAAAAGGGCCCUUCAAAAACGAGAAUGUCUUCUCCUCUGGGUCCCCCACAUCUUGCCCUCCGGGACUCCGAGACCACCAUUGAGGAGCCUGAGGCUGCACGACUCAGGUUCCGGGGUUUCUGCUAUGAGGAGGUAGAGGGGCCCCGAGAGGCCCUGUCCCGCCUUCGAGAAUUGUGUCACCAAUGGCUACAGCCUGAGUCCUGCUCCAAAGAGCAGAUGGUAGAGUUGCUGGUUUUGGAGCAGUUCCUUGGUGUGUUGCCCCCUGAGAUCCAGGCCUGGGUGCGAGGGCAGCGACCAGGAAACCCCGAGGAGGCUGCAGCCCUGGUUGAGGGGCUGCAGCAUGAUCCCGGGCAGCUGCUGGGCUGGAUCACAGCCCACAUCCUGAAGCCAAAGAUGCUUCUCACAACCCAGCAGACACAGGAAUCUUCAGGGAGCCACCAUGUCUCGGUAGCAACAGAGUCCUCCGAGGCAGGCCCUUCCGAGGCACCACAGGAUUCUGGGAUAGACGGAUCUACCCAGAUCAGUUGCAGCAUAAAGGAGGAAGACAGCGGUGAUGGACAGGAGACGGGGUCCCCAAACCCCUUCCUUCCAUCCCAGGCCCCUGAGGGACAUGUUGGACACCAGGAACCAGCCUCCACAUCCUCCCAGCCAGGAAGGACCCAGAAGGAGUGGGGCCCGUUGGACUCAUCCCAAAAAGAGCUGUACUGGGGCGUGAUGGUGGAGAAGUGCGGCACUGUGGUGUCCCAGGCAAGCCUGCCGCCGCUAGAGCCAGACAGACAUGUUGAGUCUGAGCUGAGGCCAAAGCAGGAGACCCCACAUGCAGGACCGGAGUCCCUCGGGGGCCUUCUCCCAGAAGUGGGAGCCGUUGCAGGUCCAGGGCUAGUUCAAGCCUGCACAUCCUCUCCAAGUGAGAGCCGGAGCCUUUGCAAGGACCCUUCAGGCCUGUCUCCCACCGCACUGCUUGAAGCCCCCGCCAGGCCUACACCUCGGAAGCUGUACACUUGUCAGCAGUGUGGCCGCAGCUUCGACUGGAAGUCCGUUUUCAUCAUCCACCAUCGCACGCACCUGGGUGAGCCAGGCCAGGAAAGGCCACCCCAGGUAUCCCGGGAGCCGGCCCUCCGGCACUCCACUGGCCUCCGGGCCUAUGUGUGCGUGGAGUGUGGGCGCAGCUUCAGCUGGAAGUCACAGCUGGUCAUCCACCGCAAGAGCCACGUAGGCCAGCGGCGCCACUUCUGCGGGGACUGUGGGUGCAGCUUUGACUGGAAGUUUCAGCUGGUCAUUCAUAGGAAGACCCACCAGCCAGAGGGCCCAUGAGCAGCUGGAGAAGGCUGUCUCGCCUUGGGAGCCUCCAACCCCUAAUUUAGCACUUCAGGCGUCCCCUCCGGCCAAGAGGAGGCUCUGGCGGCACCCCCAAGUGACUCAGGGACCCCAUGAAGAUUCCCCUGUCCAACGCCGUGUCUCCCGGCGUAAGCGGAAGAGGCUGGACUGUACUAAUCCAUGGCUGGGGUCCCACGUGUGCCAGGGGAGGGUGCUCCCUGCUUCGGGGUGCUCAGAAAUUGCCUUAGGUCCCUCCUUGCAGUGGCUGAGCAAGAAGUCUUGUGGAAGGUACAGGGAACCGCAAGCUGCCUUCCCAUGCUCUUGCAUGUGACCCUCAACUAACAUGCUUAAUUUGUUACCUAACGUAUAUAGCUGGGGUUUCCGAGGAAGAAUUCUGACUUCUGGCUUCCACUGAUCAAAACGGCGGGCAGCCCUUGUAUGCUGGCUGACCAGCCUCAGGAACCACAGGGCAGUUGAGCAUAGGCCACUUGGCUCCUUCAACCUAACUAGCUCGUUGGGCGCCAGCUUUGCUGGCCACCUCUCUGGCCUCCGAAUUCCUGAACCUGGACAUGGACCAAUGGUAAAGGCCGUGCGUGCCUCCGGGUCAGACCUACGUCCCAGGCAACCAACCAAUUCAUCAUUAAACUGGAGAGCAAAGAGCCUCUCCCUGCUGUCCAGGGAACUGACCCUCCGGACAGUCCCUCAAGAUUUAUCAGUGCGUGGUGUCCUAUUAACUAUUCCUGUAAACCAGGUGGCUCAGAACAAGUUUAUUUACUAACUGGGCCAACAUCAAGCCUCAAAUGUAUCUCACUAGAUCGAAGGCACUAGGGUGUCAGGCUCCCUGUGGAAGGUACAGAGGUUACCUGAGGCCCUUGGCUCAGGCCUUCUUUUCCAUCUUCAGCAGCAGGCAGCUGUUUAUCUUGCUGGUUCAGUGACUCUUCACAAUAAACAGGCCUUGUGUGGUGGCAUGGGGCCCUUCCAUGUCCCUGGAUGUGAUCACCAUCUUAAGGUCAGAUGAUGAGGCAAGAGAUUUUAUUUUGUUUGAGAUGGAACCUCCUCACAUGGCCUAGGUUGACCUGUAACCAGUGAUCCUCCUGUCUCAGCUCCCUGGGUGCUGAAACUCUAUAGGCUUGUCCCACCAAGCCCAGGUUGGUAUUUGGAAAUUCUCUGCAUGUGUGUUUGAGAUAGUCUCACUGUAAUGCCCAGGCUGACCUCAAACUCUCUGUAGGCCUCCAGCCACAGCCUCCUGAGUGCUGGGAUUAAAGAUGUGUGCCACCAACAGGCCAGGCUAAGACAUUAAAUACUUGUCAUUUUAAAGUUGGGAAGUGUGGGGCAGGAUUCAGUAUUGGAGGCAGAACUCUGUCAGUUGGAGGUCAGACUGGCUUCUGUAGACCAGACUGCCCUUGAACUCAGAUCCACCUGCCUCUGCCUCCCAAGUGCUGGGAUUAAAGACGUGUGCCACCAACACCCAGCUCCUCUUUUUGUUUUUUUGUUUUUGUUUUGUUUUGUCAUUGUUGUUUUGAGGGUUUUUUUUUUUCUUGGCAAGAAGUCAUACAGCCCAUGUCCUCUCCUGCCUAUGCCUUCUGAAUGCUGGGAGCACAGGUGUGUGCCACCACCUCUAUACCUACAAAUUUGCCAGGUGGCCCCUGCUGUGGUAACCACGCAUCUCUCCUUCCUUGGGCUAAGAUGGGCAAAGACUGGGGAGAAGGUGUCUUUCCAUACGAUUCCAGCUGUUUCGAGCCUCCACAGAGUCUUUCUGUAAUCUUAUCCUACCUUUUCCUUCCUCCCUACUUGCGUUUUUUCCUUACCGCUGCCCCUGGUUAAACUUAGCAGAGGCUCAGAUAACCUCACCACCCUCACCACUAGCCUAACUGACCUAGUGAUGGACAGAGCUGGGAUGUGUGCUAGAUUUGUCUGACUGGAAACAUCCAUGGGAGUGGUGAUGUGAUGAUUUAAACUAAAGCCAACUCUCACGGACUAUGUUAAUAAGUGAAACUGGAAGAGAGAGCCUCAAACAUCAGUCAGUAAAUUCCCUUCCCCACUGUUCCCACAGGGAUGGCUGAACAAACCCUCACUCAAACUUAGGCCUGAUAGCAGACAAGUCAGUCACUUCCUUGAGUGGGACCAGGAGCUCAGCACACGGUCUCCCGGCUCUUGUCCUGCAGUUGGCUCCAGCUCAUUCAUAAGACUUUUUGUUGUUGGUUUGUUUGGGGUUUGUUUUAGUUUGGUUGGGUUUUUUUUUUUGAGGGGUGCUUUUUCAAGACAAGGUUUUUUUUUGUGUAGCCCUGGGUGUCCCAGAGCUCUCUCUGUAGACCAGGCUGGCCUGAAACUCAGAGAUUUGAGUGCCUCUGCCUCCCCGAGUGCUGGGAUCAAAGGUGUGCACCACCAUUGCCCAGCCAGAAGACUGCCUUAAUUGUUGAACAGUUGGUGUUUUUCAUAGCUGUCUUGGUGCAAACCUGUAAUCCCAGAAGGUGGAGGAUUAGGAGUUCAAGGUCUUUCUUGGCUACAUAGCAAGCCUCAGCCUGUUUUACAUGAGACCUAGUCUGAUAAAACAGUUUAAAAAUAAACAAAAUCAGUGUC